AUGUUUUUUCGGAGGAUAGUCGUCCUCAACAGAGACUACAAAUGCAAAAACAGCGGACAGUGUCUGGCAAGGUCAAAAGUGACCAAGUGCAAAGGGUGUCGGUUCCAACAGUGUAUCGCUGCUGGUAUGACCUAUCAACCAACGGUUUUGGAGUUGGCUAACGAGAAGGAUGUCGACUUGUCGACUACUAUCGGAGCACUUUUGUUUUUGGACGCGAGGAGGAGUAAGGCGAUGAAGACUCAGUUCACCGAUGAGAAUUUUUCAUUGGUGCAGGUGGUGGAGUUGAGGAGGAUGAGGUUGAAGACUAGGAAAUCCGACAACAUAUCCACGCAUGACUGGUCGUUUUUCGGAAUAUACACUUCAAUUGAAUUCCUAAUGUCGUUAGAUUUCAUGUCAUUUCUCAGUAAUUCUGAUAAAACAAUUCUUCUAAAACACUUUUGUGUGAAAGCUUCCUUGUUCGCCAGUGCGAUGAGAGCGAUGAGAGAAAGGAGGGAUCGACUUAUGACUGUCGAUGGACGAGACGUUUAUCCGGAUGAUAUUUUGAAACUCGACAAGUUCUCCCAGACAUUCCUGAACCGGAUAAGAAGCCUUUUGGUUGCCAGACUUAUCGAUUUGAAACUAACAAAUGAAGAGUUCGCACUUAUCAACGUUGUAUUCUUCUGUAAUCCAGCUCUUCCACUAUCCCUUGCCGGGCAAGAAGUGAUCGCCAGCCAACAGAAAGUCUACACGUCAGCCCUUCUCCAGUACUGUAAUGUGGCUUAUGAACGUCAUGGCCCAUCGAGAUUCACUGAUCUACUCUCGCUGUUCCACGUUAUAAACAAAAAUUUCGAAGAUGUGCAGGCGAUGACAAUGAUCUUCAAAUUAUGCGCACCAUGGGUAGUUUAUAAGAAAAUUGUGACGGAUGUUAUAUAA